CCAAUCUUUCCAUGUUCAGUCCACCAGCAAUGCUGAAACUGUUCGCAUUGAGUUUUCUACUGCUCGGCAGCAUCACUGGCCAUCCCGUGAAGGAGUUCAACAGCUGCCAGCUAUCCGAGGGCCUGUUGUACGAAAUUCGCAGCUAUGGCCCUAUAGUGCACAAGAUCAUCAACGAAAUCGUGCACGGUCGCUUCGCAGGACAAACAUGGCAAAGCUUGGCCGAACUAACGGAUACCUUUGGACCACGCAUGAGCGGAUCGCAAGAGCUGGAAGAUGCCAUCGAUUAUGUAGUCAAGGCGAUGGUUGACGAUGGUUUGGAUAAUGUCCACACGGAGGAUGCCCCUGUGCCGCAGUGGGUUCGAGGAUAUGAAAGAGCACAGUUAGUCGAGCCGAAUCGUUUGGAGUUGCCCAUCCUUGGUUUGGGUACGUCAGUUGGUACUCCGCUGGGUGGAAUCACUGCAGACGUGGUUGUAGUGGAGUCGUUUGAAGAGUUAAACGAGCUGCCCAAUGAAGACGUUGAGGGCAAGAUAGUGGUAUACGUUCCACAAUGGGUGAACUACGGUGUGACUGGAGAGUAUCGACGUCUUGGGGCAUCCGCUGCAGCUAGGAAAGGAGCCGUGGCCAGUUUGAUCAGAUCCGUAACUCAGUUUUCGAUUGGAUCUCCCCAUACGGGAGUCCAGAGCUAUGAGGAAGAUGUUGAAAAGAUACCUACGGCCAGCAUUACGGUUGAGCAUGCAGAAAUGUUGUUACGUAAGUACCGUCGAGGAGAAAAGUUGCGCAUUCAUUUGGAGAUGCAAGACGAAAACCUGGGAAUAUUCACAUCACGGAAUACGAUUGGAGAGUUGGAAGGAUUAGUCCACAAAGACAGUUCGGUUGUGGUAGUGUCGGGCCACUUGGACAGUUGGGAUGUUGGAGUUGGCGCAAUGGAUGAUGCCGGCGGGGUGAUGAUCUCUUGGAAAGCUUUGACUUAUUUGAAUGCCAUGGGCCUAAGACCACGACGUACGCUUAGAGCAGUUUUGUUCACCGGUGAAGAACAAGGAAUAUGGGGUGGCACCCAGUAUUACGAGGAUCACAAAGAACAUGGAGAAGAAGAGUUCAACUUUUUCUUCGAGUCAGAUAGCGGCACAUUCGAUCCACGUGGCUUUGGAUUUUCAGGAAAUGAAGAGGCUAGGUGUAUUUUCGAAGAAAUUGUUAAAUUGAUGUCACCACUCGGUGCAAUGGAAGUUACCAGCUCUUCUAGUGCUGGACCAGAUCUAUCGGGCUGGAGCAACGCUGGGUACCCUGGCGCGGGAUUACUGAACGCGAAUGAGAGAUAUUUCUGGUUCCAUCACUCUGCAGGAGACAGCAUGUUGGUGGAAGAUCCAGUGGCUUUGGAUAGAUGUGCGGCACUCUGGGCAGCUACAGCGUACGUUAUAGCUGAUUUAAGUGUUGAUAUACCGAAAAAUUGAAUGAACAUAAUAUAGGCGAAGGCACAUUUCUUGUUGUUGUAACUGAGCAAGGGUAGUGUAAGCACUCCUAGCAAAGAUAAGCUCUCGUCUUCAAGUUUAAGGGUCACUCGUGAUACUCCGCGGAAGAAAACACUUAUGGAUUAGAUUGAAGAAACUCCCUCUAUUCUGUAGUCUCGUAUACACUUAUAUAAUACCC